AUGAAAAGGAGAAGUAAAACCCAUUUUAAGCUUACAGCACAGUACCUUGACAAGGACAGUAAUACAGUACAACGGCUGGCAUAUAGGAGCUGGCAUCGAGUGAGCAGGCAAGAAGAGCUGCUGAAUGGAGUAGAGGAGAUAGGAGAUGGUAGUGCUGAAGGACUGUCAGCAAUAGGAAGUGCAGGGCAAGCUACAGUUUCAUUCACGCCUGAUGCUGAGGGCACAGGUUCUGGUUUCUUGCUGGAUUUACUUCUAUCUACCCUCUUGAAUAAACAGUCCAGUGACGGCUUGGUAGUACCUCUUUUUCUUGUCCUAGAUGACAUGGUAGCCUUGGGUUGUAUUCAGAACGGCUGCUACAACCUUUGGGGCCUAUUAGGUGAAAAAUAUGGGAACAUCCGAAUCCCCGGAGAAGUUGAAGCCUCAGAGUUUGAAAUGAUCUUGGAUGCUGCCAUAGAGGCGAAGCUGGACACCAAGCUACUGGAAGACUGGUACUGUCGGGAUGAGAACUCAGUGCCAGCCGCAUAUUACCUCAGACCCAGAUCAGAAAUGCUGAAAAGCAAUAAAAAUGCAAUGCAGCCUUCUGCCAAUGACGAGAAUGAGAAGACCUGGCAAGAGAUAUCAGAUGAGAUCAAGAAGAUAUUUAAGACUGCUGUAAAACUGCUACAUGAAAAGGGGAAAAUGAAACACAGCCAAGCCAAGAGGUACCUGUUCUCAGCGAUAGAGGAUGAAUUUGACUUUGCUCUAGGAAAGCAAACUCCAGCAUUCCUGAAGAAGUGUGUUUGCUAUAUUAGGAAAAUUGCUAACAUUGAGCGUUUCGUGAAAAUCCCAGAAAUGGGAAAGUACAUGGAUAUAACUGGAACAGAACCAAGAAUUAUUCGGGACCCUGAAGCCCAAGAGAAGCUGAUAAAACUCAGGGAUGAAUUUAUUCCUACCAUUGUUGCUUCAUCUAAUCUGAGAGUGUACACGUCUGUUACUCAUUGUGACAUGAAACUAGGCUAUUCCCAAGAAAUAGAAAACCAUUACAUAGAAGGACUUGGUAAACAAUUUUAUGAGGACAUGAUUGACAUAAUUCAGGCCACGGUACAACAGAAUUUUGACACAGAAACUGACACGCUCUAUGAUGAAAUCCUUCAGCAUUCGUCCUUAUGUAAAACAUAUGCCUCCUUCUACGAGUACAAAUGUGAAUCUCUAAACAUCGUGCAUAAAUACAUUCUUCCAAGCAAAACCGGGCACAUCAACCCACUUAUUAUAUACGGUGGACCAUGCACUGGAAAGACCCUUCUGCUAGCUGAAGUAGCAAAGAAGGCUUAUGGCUGGCUACAUGAAGACACAGGACCAGAAUCUGACCCAGUUGUAGUCGUGAGGUUUCUAGGAACCACAGACUUGAGUACUGAUCUUAAGUCUCUCCUUCUAAGUGUUUGUGAACAGUUGGCAGUGAACUACCGGUGCCUGGUUCAGAGCUACCCUAAGAAGAUCCAUGACCUCCGUGACUUAUUCAUAAACCUUUUGAAUGAGUCUUCAUUGCAGAGACCUCUCGUGGUCAUAUUCGAUGCCCUGGAGCAGCUCUCAGAAAGCGAUGAGGCCCGGAAGCUCUGGUGGCUUCCCGUGCACCUUCCCCGCUUCGUCCGGAUCGUCCUCUCCACGCUGCCCAACAAACAUGGGAUCCUGCAGAAACUGAGGUGCCUUAUCCACGAAGAAGACAACUAUAUCGAGCUGAUUCCCCGGGACAGGAAGAUGUGCAGCCAGGUGCUCAAACACCAGCUUCUGCGGGUCAAAAGGAAGGUCACGUCGGGCCAGCAGAUUUAUGUGAACAACGCCUUCUCCAAGUGCACGCUGCCCAUGUUUGUGAACCUGACCUUCAGGGAGGUGAGACACUGGCGAUCUCACAGAGACGUCGAUGAGUCCUCCCUCUGUGUCACUGUGCACGAAAGCAUAGAGCAGCUCUUCUGGUCCCUGGAGCAAAAGUGUGGGCAGAAACUUGUCUCCCGGGCUCUCGGUUACAUCACCAUGGCCAAAAUGGGUUUGAGUGAGAUGGAGCUGGAGGACGUGCUGGCCCUGGACAACAGUGUGAUGAAUGAGCUCAAUGAGAGUGUGAGGCCCAGCAAUCCCCUGAGGGUACCUUAUCUGUACAUCGCAAAGCUCAAGGAGGGGCUCAGUGGAUACCUAAUCGAGAGACACGUGAAAAAUGUCACCCUGCUGGUCUGGGCCAACAGACACCUGCAGCUCAUAGCCCAGAAGCUGUAUCUGCAGGACAAGAGCGACCUACAUGAAAUGCACACCAUACUGGCAGAUUACUUCCUGGGAGUCUGGUCAGGGGGCAGGAGGAAAGCUUUCUGCCUGGAAGACCCCUACCUGAAUGGCUGCCUUGACUUGGAGAGCAAAAGCCUGCUGGAGGAGGAGAGACACUUCAUUGAGCAGGCUUCCUUUGACAGGCAGGCCCCUGACCAGCCCUGGGUCUUCCAGUGCAAUCCACUGGAGCCUGACAUCUUUUUUGUCAACCAUCGGAAAAUGUGUGAGCUGCUGUACCACCUGACAAGGUGUGGGAAGACUGACGACCUACUCUACGGCAUCAUCAUGAACUUCAGCUGGCUUUACACCAUGAUCAAAAUCGGCCAGUUCGACAAAGUGCUCGCAGACAUUGAGCUGGCUUACAACUGCUCGCAGGAGAAGGAGCUGAAGUUCCUGGCGAGCACCCUCCGCAGCAUCAAAACCAAGGUCGUUGCGUUCCCCGGCUCCCUCUCUGCAGAGCUUCAGCAGAGGCUGCUGCCUGUUGUGAGCUCCCUGCCCAAACUUAGACAUCUUCUCUUAGAAUGUGACAAAGAUGGGCCCAAAUACUGCUCCAUUGUGCCAUUACACUCAUCCAUGGAUGUGACCUACAGCCCAGAGCGACUUCCCUUGUCAUCUAGUCACCUGCAUGUCACUGAGAUUCUGCCCACCUGUAACCCCAGUACGGUCCUCACGGCUUUAGAAAAUGGUUCCAUCAGCACUUGGGAUGUGGAAACGCGUCAGCUACUCAGGCAAAUCACAACAGCCCAGUCUGUCGUCCUUGGCAUGAAACUCACCAACGAUGAAAAGUAUCUUGUGGUGGCAACAACAAAUAACACCCUGCUGGUUUACGACAAUGUAAAUUCUUGCCUCCUGUCUGAAGUAGAAAUCAAAGGGACCAAGCAUGGAAGUGGCUCCACCUACAUCAAUGGAUUUACACUGUCCGUCAAACAUGCUCUGGCCUGGCUCGAAGCCAGCAAAGAUGUCACUGUCAUCGAUCUGCUCUAUGGAUGGCCCCUUUACCAGUUCCACUGCUGGUACGAAGUGACCUGCGUCCAGUGCUCACUAGACGGCGUGUAUGCCUUCUGUGGACAGUACCUGAACACCACCACCAUCUUUCAUCUAGGGAGUGGAGAAAAGUUAUGUACAGUGACAUCUGAAUUUUCAGGUGGGUUUGUGAAGUUCCUUCUUAUCUUGGACACAGCUCAGGAAAUGGUAAUGGUAGACAGUGAGGGCAGCCUUUCUGUUUGGAACACACAGGACAUCUCCAACCCCCAGCUGACUGAUGACUUUGACUGUCGCAGGGAAGACAGUGAGGUGGUCAGCAUUGAACUUUCAGAGGACCAAAGUGCAGUUCUUAUCUGUAAGGCCCUCAGCAUCGAGCUCUUAGACACUGGCCUGUGGAAGGUGGCAGAAAAGUUCAGAGCAAAACACAACGAACGCUUUAUAUCAGCUGUGCUGUCCAAGAACGGAGACUGCAUCAUCGCGACCAUGGAAAACACCCCGGCCGUGUUCUUCUGGAGGCGGGACACGGGGCAGUGUAUGGCGAGCUUACAGGAAAUCUCAGGUACCAUAGUCAAGCUGGUAAAAUCCAGUCACCACAACAUGCUGCUAUCCUUAUCCACCAGCGGUGUUCUUUCCAUUUGGGACAUAGAUAUAAUCACAGCUAUGUCCAACAUAGAUAAGACUGGAAAACCCAUCCAAAGUCUGGUGUUACCUGCUCGUGGGGAGAUCAUUUAUUCCCUCGAUGGCUCAGAUUGUGUUCACAAGUGGAACUUCAGCAGCGGGUUCCUUGAAGCAGUGUUUAAGCACGAAGGAACGGUUGAACACUGCGUGCUGACGUCCUCCGGAGAUGUCAUGGUGACGUCAGACGAUAAGAGCAGCCAGUAUGUCUGGCACACCAGCAGUGGUGAAAACCUCUUUCGAAUUAAUGGGCAGAGAAUCUCUCAGCUGCUGAUUACACACAAUGACCAGUUUGUGGUCUCUCUCUGCGAGGAAAAUGCCUCCAGGGUUUGGAGACUGGCCACGGGCCACAGGGUGUGCAACAUCCUGACCAGUCUGCAGAACGCCUUCAUCACCUCUGCGAACACCUUCGUGGUGGGCAUGACCAAAAGCAAGGUGCUGGCAGUCAGUCUUUGGACAGGAAGCAUCACCAAGAAGUUCUGCUGCGAAGAUGGCACCACUAUUGUGAAUUUUAAAUUGAUUCCCGACUGCCCGGAUAUCAUCGUGUUUAUCACGUCGGCGGAGACGGUUAAUAUCUGGAGUCUGACAGAAGAAGUGAUCUGCCGCCGCGUGCAACUUCCAAACAACUUUCUGAAAAACCUAGAGGAUUUUGAAAUCUCUCCCAAUGGAAAGCUAGGCAUUAUUUCCAGGGGAGAUGAGAAUAUCAACGUGCUGGAUUUACACAGCGGCAAAUUACGGGUGGUGCAUGCCUCUGGGGUCAUUUGGAGGCAGAGGUUGUCUCGAGACGGGCGCUACCUGGUAUACAUUUGUUUCCGAAAUGGGGAAGAAGAGGAUGAAAAUGGUGCAAUAUCCAGUUUGAUUGUCAUGAGACUGGCCGAUGGCAAAAAUAUCGGUGCUUGUUCCCUUUAUAAAACACCAACUUUCCUUGCCCUUUCCCAGCGUCACCUGAACAUCAUUGUGGGUUUUGACGAUGGCAGCAUAGGGAUAUACACCGUGGUGGACCGUGUAGAUGCUGCGCUGAAAAUUAAAAUCGCCACUUCAAACAGCAGACAAAUUUUCAACAACGCGACACAGACAUCCAGGCCAAAGUGUAGUAGUUACUGUUUUAAAGUGUCUGUGGAUUGCCUAUGGAGAGAGUCGACUGAGGUUUUUGCAAGAGACAGCCCCAUCACCGUGAGUGACUCCUCAGAACCGAACGAGUCAACACCCUCCAAGAAACACAACUCCUGCUACGAGCGGGUGUGCUCUGCCCUGGAAUCCAGGGGCCACAGCUAUGCCCCUGACAACUAACAAAAUGUUUUUCCUGCUUAGCAGAACUGCAUAAUACACACAUAAAAGGAAAAACAACUACCUUCUGUUUCCCAAAUGGUACACAUUUCUUCUUAAAAGAUAGGUAAAAAAAAGGAACGAUGCUGCAGUUCUAGUAUUAAUUAUUGCCAUUCUCAUACAUUGAGACAAUCCCCUGGAGAAGGGAAUGGCAACCCACUCCAGUAUCUUGCCUA